CGCCGCACUGCGCGCGCGCAAACGCUGCCUUGGUUGUGGACGUCGGAUUCUCCAGGAGUUUGGGUCGAGCGGCCCGGAGAUCCCAGCGUGGUAGUCAUGUCCGCGUCAGUAGUGUCGGUCAUCUCGCGGUUCUUAGAAGAGUACUUGAGCUCCACUCCGCAGCGGCUGAAGUUGCUGGACGCUUAUCUUCUGUAUAUACUGCUGACCGGAGCUCUGCAGUUCGGUUACUGUCUCCUCGUGGGGACUUUCCCCUUCAACUCUUUCCUCUCGGGCUUCAUCUCUUGUGUGGGGAGCUUCAUCCUAGCGGUGUGCCUGAGAAUACAGAUCAACCCACAGAACAAAGCAGAUUUCCAAGGCAUCUCCCCAGAGCGAGCCUUUGCUGAUUUUCUCUUUGCCAGCACUAUCCUGCACCUUGUUGUCAUGAACUUUGUGGGCUGAAUAUUUCCCAGUUACUUAAUUGAGGAGWAGGAGACUGAAGUAAUGUUCACUUUUUGAUGUCCCUUGGAUAAAAGGUCUUGAGACAGCAGCUUGUYGCACCCAUAGAUUCUUCAGAUUUGUACUCAACUUUUGACUCUCAUUUGGUCUGCAGGUGGAGAGCCUGGGGAAAUUCUUUGUCUUGUGUCAGACCAGCUUUGUAAUGAACUUUGUUAACAUGACCUCUGCUUUCCAUUAAUUGUAACUUUUUACCUUUCACAUUAAAAAACUACAUGCUACU